AUGCAGAAUCUACAUCAAUGUGAUAAUCCCGAGUUUGGAGAGUUCCUUAACGAUUGCACCGAGCUUCUUUGGCGUGCUCAAAAUGAUAAACCUGGAAAUAAAGAAAAUGAAUUGUUGCAGCAAAUGAAGCAUAUGUUUAAUUCAAUCAUGGAUGCGGAUGGAAUUUUUGGAGUUCUAAUAUCAAAAGCUCCUGGCCGACGUUGUAUAAGGCGCGUACUAUUUGAUUUUAAUGCGAUAAAACAAAUCGAACCGGAAAAACUGUUAAAAGCAGGAGAUACGAUCGUGACUCUUGUUGAAGGAUGUCAUGAACAUGAUGAGAUUUCACUCAAGUUAUCAGAGGAAUUGGCUGUCUACAAAGCCUGCACGGAUUUAUUGGAAACUCUGCAAAUCCGACAAAGUGCGAAUAAGAAUGCCACAAACUUCCGAAAGAAUUCCUUACCACCUGAUAUACACGAGAUGGUCUUGCUUGACAAUGAAGCAAAUGAAACUCAACAUCCGAGUAGAAAACGAGCCUUCAGCACUUCUACGGUUGAUUUUAACAAUUUUGUCUUCUCAUCCAUCCAAGAUAAAAAAAAUCUUACAUUGUUGAGGAUGGAAGCGCCUAAAAAGCCUUCAGAAUUGCAUAAUUUUUUUAGAAUCCUUGAACAAAAGAAGAUAGAUUCACUCAAAGGUUUGAUUGGAUUCUUUCCAUGUUCUAGUUGUCACAAAAGAGCGCUUAUUGGCUUUGCACCAGAUAAAUAUUCUUUGCCUGUGGAGGAAACUGAGUCUUCAGUGCCAAGACGAAUUUUCCGUCUUCCAUUCGAGUUUGACGAAAAUGACAAACUUGGGCCAUGGGAUAUUUUACUCAGCGAAGAUACAAUUAAAGACAUGCGGAAGCUAAAAAAAUCUCCUCAUUUAGUUGAUGCUGUCAUGAAAAAGCUCGGUCAGAUAUCGUCUGGGAAAUGGGAAAAGUAUGGUCUGCAGCGUAAGGCAUCAUCUUCUAAUGUUCCUGAUAUUCCUGUUUAUGAGGUAGAACUUCCUGAAUACGGAGGCCUGAAGAUCCUCUGGCAAGUUGACUACGGUUUCUCCAUUCGUAGCUAUUCGAACAUGCAACUUGUAAAAAUUUGGGCUGUCACUGACAUCAAAGAACAGAUUCGUGAAACGUUAGAAAAUCUCGCAAUGAAGAUUAAUGGUGUUGUUUCACCAAGAUACCUAAAUAAUGAAGAGAGCGCAAAAUCCACCGACAAGGAGCUUCCCAGUCCCAAUAUAGAUGAUGAAAAACUAGUAGAAGUUCAUCGAAUGCUUGUAACAAAUAAAUUUGUCCCUCUGUCAAAGAAUCUUUUCAAAUCACUUGUCUUUGGCGGGUUUGACUUCACCUUCCAGGUAUCCAAGGUUGAGUAUGAUAUAAUCAACAAUCCGACGUCGGCGAUUGUCAUCGUAAGUUACAACUUAUGCCGCCGGGUAAAGGAUUAUUUCUAUCGGUUACGGGAGUCAGCAGUUCUUGCCGAGAAACCAAUACCGAUGGACGAGCUUAACGAGUACAUGAGGAGGAAGGAAGAAGAGGAUAGCGGCAUCGAUAUAGCAGAUGACAUUAUGAUUGAGGAAGAUGAUGAAAACAUGGAGUUUGGAAAUAUUCCGAAUUCGUUCCAUUUAUUAGAGGAUCAUCACUUUCCACUGUUUAUAACAUACAAUAAGUUUUCUGAGAUGCUCCAGGGGACGUAUGAUAUCGACGUUCGAACAAUAACCAAACGACAAAAUCCUGAUGAAAACGGAGACGACGACGAGCAUAACGACGAAGGAUUAAACCCUAGUUGCUCCUUUAUAAAUGAAUCCAAUGCGUCCUGGGCUCAUUUCGUCGAUUACGAUCUCUUUAAAAAAAGAUACUGGCGUCAUUUCGGAGAUAAUUAUCGGAACAAAAUGGAUUGCGAACUAGUCUACUCUGAGUUCUCGGUUAUUAAGGGCACGAAUCCUGAAGUGGAGUAUCUCUCGCGGGAUGAAUAUCGAGCAAUAAGUACCAGGAAGUACCCAGCAUUCUGCAGCAGGCGUGACGAGAUUUAUGAUUUAUUUGAACGAUAUGGGAAGAUGAAGGCACGGAAUGAUCUACGUGCCUUGAUGCAUAAAUGGGAGGUUGAUCAUCAUAUGUAUAAUGGCAUAAAAUCACAAAUGUUUGAGCUAAACACUAACUACCGUUCUCAUGACGGAAUCCUUAAACUUGCCUCGUCGGUGAUUGACCUCAUCCGGCACUUUUUUCCUGAUUCCAUUGAUCAUCUGUCACGGGAACGCGGCGAGGUUGGUGGACCACGACCCAACAUAUGCGCAGGAAUUCAGGUUGAAACGUUUCUAUUAAAUGUUUUUCGUGCGGGCGAUCCUGCGUCCAAUUGCAUCGAAUUUGGCGCCGAGCAAGUCGUCAUCGUACGCAACGAUAAAGAUAAAGAACGUGUGAGAAGCCUAAACAAAAAUAUAGGAUUGGUAAUGACAGUGUUUGAGGCCAAAGGCAUGGAGUUUAGUGAUGUGUUGUUGUACAAUUUCUUUAAAAACUCGCCUGCAGAUUUAAAGUGGCGAGUUAUUCUCUCGUGUUUGGAAGGUUAUGAUAAAGGGAUAAAGGCUUUUUCUCACGAAAAACAUUACAUCCUUUCUUCGGAACUCAAAAACCUUUAUGUCGCACUGACCAGAGCCCGACAAAGUCUCUGGAUUUUCGAUGAAAAUUCCGAGUGCAGCUGGCCAAUUUUGAGAUAUUGGGAGCAUCAUGGCCUAGUCAAUGUGGUUAAUAAUAUUGAAGAAAUCACCGCGCUUCCUACUUUGGCUAAGAAAAGCGAUUCACAGGAGUGGGAUCGGCAGGGAAAAACAUUUUUCGAACGGCAUCAAUACGAACUGAGCGGAAAUGAAGAUCGCCAGAAAUUAGCCCAUGCGUACCAUCUUCAACAACUCGCGAGAAUAUCCGUAAACGAUUCAGACGAAGCGACCAUAAAAUCUAAUUUCGUCCAGGCAGCUCGUGCCUUCAGCGAAUGUUCACGGCCGAAACAGGAAGCUUCGUGCUAUCAGGAUGUCGGCAUGCAUGAAGAAGCAGGCGAUGUUUAUGUUAAAUGGGAAAUGUUUGAACUCGCGGCAGGUUGUUACACCAAGGCCAAGAAUUGGCGCAAGACUGGUGAUUGUUUCGCAAAAGCGAAAAUGUACGACGAAGCUGUUGUUGCAUAUAAAGAUGGUAGGCUAUAUAAAAUCGCAAUAGAUUUUAUGGAGAGGCAUAAAGGAGAUGUUACCGAAAAAAUAUUCCGCCGCGUUAUCCGUCUCAUCUACAUAAACUGCAUGAACAAUGACAAGGAGGUUAGCAAGAAAGCUCUUUCUAUGCUUCCAACCGCCGAGGAUCAAAUUGAAAUCUUAAGAGAUCAUGCGCCAGAAGAAGUUCCAGAAGUCUAUAAAAAGAGUGGCCAAUUUCGUGACGCUGCAAAAGACCUAUGCUUACGUGGGAAAUUCGAAGAAGCUUCUAAUGUAUUACUCAACCAUUCAGUCGAGGACGAAGAUAUUAUCGAGUCAUUACAGUGUAUUCUGCAUUUAUGUCGAUCUAGGAUGCUGAAAAAUAUUAUUGAGGGUAAUGUGAGCCUGAAUACUAAAGAGGAACUUCAAAGGUUUCUCUCUAAGGCAAACGACAUCACCACAACGGCAAAGUCGCAAUCAGUAAGGAAAUCCAUUAAGUGGAAGAUUCUAAUGGAAGAAUUUCAAUUAUAUCUAUCCUAUUUACACGACGACCUUGAUGCAUUUUGCAAAGGAAUCAAGUUUUUCCAGAAGCAAGAGGAGUCUGCGAUAGAAUUUCGCGCAGUAUAUCUAUGGUUGCUAAUUUCUGCGCGGUCUGAUAUAAACGCAGAUUACUGGAGUGAAAGAUUGCAAUUUCUUUUGAGAUUGUGUGAACUGGCCUUUCCGUUUAUAGCUCCACUUCGAAAUGCAAAAAACAUCGACAAAGUCCGCGAGAAUUUUGAGGACAUUUUCCUUAUAAAAAAGGUGGAAGAUCGUCCGAAUAAACGACAAAUUUCAUCUGAUAACCCACUUAUCAGUUUUAUCAAUGAUGUUAAUUCAACGGAGACUGUCAUGGACUAUUGGCAUAUUCACGACGUGAAUGUUGUGUAUCGGCUUCAGAAAUAUGUAAACAUGAAAAGUGCCAGACUCAAGAUUGCCGAAGGCAUCACUCGCUUACUCAGUGUGGAACAGAUCAAUGAAUGUUUUAGUCAACAAAGAUUUUGGGCAGAAAGACUAGUAGGAAUUCAUUUUCGCUAUCAAUCCCCGCACACAAGCUGUCCGGAUGUCACUCACAUGGUGAUCAAUGAACUUCCUGACCACGCGUACAACGGGCUUAUCGACCUUUCUUAUAAAAAGUGGUUGGGUGACGAGUUCAAUGUUAAGGACUUUGCGAUCAUGUUAAAAUUUAUUUUUGUUUCUAUGCAAUUGCAAAAUACAUGGGGCAUCGAGAAUUUCAAUUGGAAAAUAUCGGAAUAUAGACUCUCUCGGUUUAAUACUCUUUUAUUGGGUUAUGAAUUCAAUUAUGGAAGUUACAAAGCGGUCGGAGGACGUCUUUCAUUAUUCCUUUUGUCUCUUAAAUCCAAUGAUGUGAUCGCUGCUGUUAUGCAUGCAAAGAAAUUUAUUCGUUAUGCCGUAGAUAAUUUACAUGAUGUUAAUUUAGACUCAAGUGACUCUCUUGGCGACCUCGUGUCUCUUAUGGAGUUCACGACGUGUUUAAUUUUUUCUGCCCGCCUCGGAUAUUUCGAUUUUAUCCUUCCACGAAGUUAUUUAAUUAACUAUUUCUAUGUGUUCAAUGCGGAACCACUCCUUCCAGGUCAACAUUACUCCGAUAAAUACAAGUAUCUUGGUGAAAUUAAGGGUUCAUUCCAUCAAAUUAGAAUUCUUCUCGACAUAUUGGUUCGUAGUCAAUAUUAUCAUUCAGCGGUUAUUCUUCGACUGAUAAGACUUUUGAUCCUUGUUGGACUAAAUCAAUCGGAACUUGCACGGUCGAUGAUCCUGAAUCUUCUUGGUGAUUUAUCCACUAAAUUUUAUAAUGCGGAGUUCAAGAAAUACUUAGAAAAGAAUAGCAUGGCAUCACUUGUGGAAAUUCUGAACAACGAUAUCAAGAAGACAGGUUGUGAUUCUCUUCUUAUGGUCUAUUAUGACUCGGGAGCAAAGUCGAGAUUUUUUGAAUGGGAGAAGAAAAUUGGUAUAACAAAACUGUCAUAUAACUCGAUCGAAGUAUUCCGUUCUUCACUUAAAGAUAUUAUGACAUCAGAGGAUACUGAAGAAAGUGCCGGGGUUGUUACUAUAGACAAACAACUCUCGUCACGGUUAUCCGAAGGGAGUGAACAGAAUCUCUCCACAAUGGAUAUCACUUUUAUUGACGAUGGCGCUGAUGGUGGUACAGACUAUAACGAAGCUGAUGAAAUCUCCGAAGAGGCCCAUGAACCGACCACGGAAAUCCAAUCUUGGUUCCAUCAAAUUCAUGAAUCCCCCCAAGCCCAAGAAGCCGCCAGAAAAAUCCAAUAUUGGUUCCAUAAAAUCCAGAAUCGAGAGAAAGAUGCAAUUUAUGACGACGUUUUAAAAUUCUGUCAAUUUAUGUUGAGAGAGAAGGGAAAAAGUGCAGUGUAUAAGUAUAACAUACGAUUGAGAGUUCCUAUGGUGGAUAUGAUUGUGAAGCUAAUUAGGUUGCAGGAAAGAAUGGAUAAAAUCAAGGUUCGAUUAGAUAAAUCAGUCAAAAAAUUUGAUUCCGAUAGCGAUGAGUAUGAAAUUUGUUUGGAUUUGAGGGAAGAGCUAAGAAACACACAUUACGAGAAUGUUAAGACGGCUUUGAAUUCUUUAUCAGUGACUGAAAAUUUGGAAAGACACAAGGAGGCGAAUAUUGAAUGGUUGGAGGCCGAAUUGGAAAAGGCGGAUGGCAUCAUCGAGCAGGUUCACAAAUGGAUUAAUAGAUGCAGUGAAGUUAUAAAAUUAUAA